CCGCCAGCCGCGGCGGCAUAAUGGGGCUGCGCGCCGGAGGAGCACUGGGCAGGAUGGGUGCGGGCGGGAUGGGUGCGGGCCGGGGGGCGCCGGAGGGACCCGAACCAAGAAGCAGCGCUCAGGGCGGCAGCAUCCACUCGGGCUGCAUCGCCACGGUGCACAAUGUGCCGCUGAGCGUGCUCAUCCGGCCGCUGCAGUCUGUGCUGGACCCGGUCAAGGUGCAGAGUCUAGUGGACACGAUCCGGGAGGACCCAGACAGCGUGCCCCCCAUCGAUGUCCUUUGGAUCAAAGGGGCCCAGGGUGGUAACUACUUCUACUCCUUCGGGGGCUGCCACCGCUAUGCAGCCUACCAGCAGCUGCAGCGAGAGACCAUCCCUGCCAAGCUUGUCCAGUCCACCCUCUCGGACCUAAGGGUAUACCUGGGUGCUUCCACACCGGACUUGCAAUAGCACCCUCCUUAGCACCUGCCACUAUUCCCAAGAGCCCAGAAGACACACCUAGCCUCCAGUGGGCUGGACCAUGCAGAAGGUGUAUUAGUGGUGCAUUCUCUUUGCUCCUGGAGGGAGGUCUGACUCUAAGCACCCUCUUUGCUAGCUGCAAGACCUUGGACAUAACUACUGAACAGUGUGGGAGGCCCAGUUCCCAAUGCUGUGAAAAUGGAUUGUGUCUUUGCUCUCAAGGGAUUAUUGAGAGGAUAAAAUGAGAAAGGAGAUGGGUUUGGAGAGCUACAUGCUGCUGGUUCCAGAUUCUCAGGGACAAGGAUAUUUCUGCAUUUUUGUCUUUGUAUAUGCUAUUAUGUGGAAUACACUUAGCUCUAUACUUCUCAGUGGCUUAAACAAAGAGAAGUUUGUUUUUCCACAUAGCAUCAAUGUUGGAGACAGGUGGCUAAUGAUAUUGGUUUAGCAGCUCAGGUAGAGCUCACAUCACAUCAUUGCUUGUCACUUCAUGGUUACAGGAUGGCUGCCGUACCACCAGGAUCAUGUCUGUCUUCAAGGAAGAAAGGAAUGGGGGAGGAGGAAGGGUCAAACCGGCUGGACCAGUGAAAUUCUGUCAUAAAGUCAAACCUUUUUCAGAGGCAUGUUGCCUGCUCUCUCUCUCUGAAUAUUUCCACUUAGGUCUUGGCCUAAGCCAGCUACCAUUGCCAACCCUAGCUGCAAAGAAAGCUAAGACAGCAGGGAACAGAAUUGUCACAAGCGAGUUGACUAGUCAUAUCUCAUUUCCUGGGACUGGCACACUGCUGCUUGAGAUAAAAUUGGAAUCCCAUUACCAAAAGAAAAAUGAGGAAUUGUGUAAUAGUUUGCCUUUGCUGUGUAACAAACCACUCCCAAAUUUAGCAGCUAAAAACAAGUCAUUUAUUUGCCUACAAUUCUGUGGGUUGGCAGUUUGGGCUGGGCUCAUCUGGACAGUUCUGCUGAUGUUGCCUAGGGUCCUUCUUGGGACUGCAUGCAGUCAGCUGUCACUUCAGAUGGGGCUGGAUGGUCUAAAAUGGUCUAACUCACUUGUCUGGCCGUUAGUAGGCUGUUGCCUGGGUGACUUGGUUCUCCUCCAUGUGCCCUCUCCAGUAGGUCAGCUUAGGCUUAAUCACAUGAUGGCCUCAGGAUUCCAAGAGAAUGAGAGUAGAAGCUGCAAAGCUUCUUGAGUUCUAGAUCCAGAAUUGGUACAUCACUUCCGCUAAGUUCUUUGUUCAGAGCAAAUCAUAAGGCUGGCCCACAUUCAAGGGGAAACAGACUAUUCCUCUUAGAAAAACUGAAAAUAAUCUGUGGCAUUUUUCAUCUAUGACAAAUGAUUUGUAUAAGCAAAUAAUGUCAGAGUCCCUCCCCUCUACAUCUCUCUCUCUCUCUCUCUCUCUUUUUCUCUCUCUGUCUCGUGUAUGCGCAGGGUCUCACUGUGCCCAGGCAGAAAUCACUAAGACAUUGUCCUGGCCGUCAGAUCUAGGGGAAGAGGUAAUGGGCCAGGGAGUGGAUCUCUCCCAGAUUUGGGCCCACUCUAGUAGGGGCGUCUCUCUUUGUCUGCACUGGUGGGGUGGGGUAGGCCAGGUGGGACAUUCCAAAAGGGCCUCUGAAAACCAAGAGUCCUAGGGGAAAAGGGAGAAGUAGAGGAAGAGUACAAAGUGAGGCGGGCCCUGCUCUUCCUGCCCUGCUAAGGGAUCUUGAUCGAGCAUUUUAAGCCUCAGUUUCCCCAACUCAGUAAUGAAAAUGACUGAGGUGAUCAGUAGAAUUUAAAAGGAAUGUAGUCCUAAAUGCAGUGUGAUAUCCUGGAUUGGAUCUUGGAACAACAACAACAACAAAAAGGGACUUUAGUGGAAAAACUAGAAAUCUAAAUAGAGUCUGGUUUUUAGUUAAUAACAUGCCAAUGUCAGUCUGUUAGUUUUGACAAAUGUACCAUGUGAAGUGUAAGAUGUUGACGUUGAGGUAGGCUGGGUACCGAGUAUAUGAAAACUCUCUGUACUAUCUUGGCAACUUUUCUUUAAAUCGAAAAUCAUUCUCAAAUAAAAGUUUAUUUAGAAAAAAA